AGGGCUGCCUUCCUGGCACACCGCUCACAUCGCUAGGACUCCUGUGCCUGCCGCACGCUCAGCCACAUGCUCAAGGAUGCUGCACCUGAAAGUCCAGUUUCUGGAUGACUCCCAGAAGAUCUUUGUAGUUGAUCAAAAAUCCUGCGGAAAAGGGUUGUUCAACCUCACCUGCAGCCACCUCAACCUUGCGGAGAAGGAGUACUUCGGGCUGGAGUUUUGCAGCCAGGCUGGGAACCACGUCUGGUUGGAGCUACUAAAACCCAUAACAAAGCAAGUCAAAAAUCCUAAGGAGGUUCUUUUCAAAUUUAUGGUGAAAUUUUUCCCAGUGGACCCUGGCCAUCUGAGAGAAGAGCUGACCAGGUACCUCUUCACCCUCCAGAUCAAGAAGGACCUGGCACUGGGGCGGUUGCCCUGCAGCGACAAGAGUGCGGCGCUGCUCGUCUCCCACCUGCUGCAGUCCGAACUGGGCGACUUCCAUGAGGAGACAGACCAGCAGCACCUGGCAACCCACAGGUACCUGCCCAACCAGGAGUACCUGGACAACAAGAUCAUGCACUACCACCGGAGACACAGCGGGAAGACGCCGGCCGAGUCAGACGUUCAGCUGCUGGACGUGGCCAGGAAACUGGAGAUGUAUGGGAUCCGCCCGCACCCCGCCAGUGACGGCGAGGGCACGCAGAUCAACCUGGCCGUGACACACAUGGGGGUGCUGGUCCUGCGGGGCAAUACAAAGAUCAACACAUUCAACUGGUCCAAAAUUCGCAAACUGAGUUUCAAGAGGAAGCAUUUUCUCAUCAAGCUCCAUGCAAACAUAUCUGCGCUGUGCAAGGACACGCUGGAGUUCACCAUGGCAAGCCGGGACGCCUGCAAGGCUUUCUGGAAGACUUGCGUGGAAUACCAUGCCUUCUUCAGGCUGUCUGAAGAGCCCAAGUCAAAGCCCAAAGCCCUUCUCUGCAGCAAGGGCUCCAGUUUCCGCUACAGCGGGAGGACGCAGCGGCAGCUGCUGGAGCAUGGGAGGAAGGCGAAGAUGAAGAGCCUGCCCUUUGAGAGGAAGCACUACGCGUCCCGCUAUGAUGAAAGGCAGUGCCGCUCCUCCCCAGACCUCCUGACAGACAUCUCCAAGCAGGUGGAGGAGCUGCGCCUUGCCUAUGGCAGCCGGGGCUCCUACCAUGCCAAUGGGGUGCACACCUCUGAGCCCAUCCUGGACGGCCGGCGCCGGAGCUCCCCUGUGGAGGUGACGUUCGCUGCCGAGCUGGAGCGCUCCAAGCCCGAAGCGUCCCCCGCCUUCCUGCCCCACUCCAAAAGCUCAUCUGCCUUCCCCCUGCUCUACGCCGAGCUGGAGCGAGCAUGGGAGCCCACCGACCACUUCAGCGCCAGGAACCCCUUGACCUCCUUUCAGCCUCACCACCAGUUCGCCGGGAACAGUAAAAGCACCUCGGUGGGCAACAUGCGGGAGGUGAGCGCCCAGCCACUGGUGUACUCGGAUGUGCCAUGCCCCCCGCCCGUGGCUACCCCGGCGCCACAGGUCCUCUUCUACCUGGACAGGCCUCCACAGCCCCCAUGCCACACACUGGCGUCCGGCGAGGACGCAGACAGCGGAUGCAGCCCCGCAGCUGCAAAACCCCCCAGGCGCAGCCCAAGCGGGACCCGGGCCGGGAAUUUUCACCGUGAUGCCAUGGGUGUGGCAGCGGGCAGAAGCAUGGCCCCAGCUGGGGAGAGCAGGUUGCUGGCUCGCUCCUUCGAUUACGGCCUUCAGGAGCAGCCCCCCAAGCGGUCUUGGAGCCAGUCGGACAUGAAAACCAUCCGCUUCCCCUACGGCUCUGAGUUCAGGCCGCUGGGGCCGUGCCCCGUGCUGAGCAGCCGGAGGCCGGGCGUCUUCCAGCACCUACCAGGCCAGCCAGGGCCGCGGCGCUCGGCCGAGCGCUAUGUGGGCAGCAGCACCGAGUCCAGCGACUCCGACUCCGACUUCCUGGCCACUGACUACUGCUCCCUGUACGGCCGGGUGCUGCGGUCGCCUAUGGCCCGGGUGCGGCUGUCCUCCGGCAGCCUCCAGCUGGAUGAAGAGGAUGAGGAGGUGUCCUUUGCCACUGGCGCUGCUGAAGAGAGGACUUGCCGGGGGUCCUCCAGGUAUUUCACCUAGGUGCCUCACACUGGCCAGAGGGAGCCAAGGUGGCCAGCGCCAACCUGGGGCUGCAGAAGGCUGACACUCUCAUUUGCAGGGAUACUGCUUCCAAACCAUUGUGAUGGGCUUGUGUUGUACGACUGCUCUUAGCUAUAGAGGAUGUGUUAACGGACAACAGGUUCAGAAGUACUCAACACCAGCACCACGCUUGGAAGCUGGUGUGUCUCUGCCACCACACACGGGGGUUCCACUCCAGCCAGAAGGGCCAGGGCUCUCCUAAAAGCCCUGCAAAGACCUUGCGUCCUCCCCAUGCUUGGAGCUCAGCCGCCAGUCUUCAUUGAGGGGGUAGGGAGAAAAAGAAAAGAGACAUCUCACAGAAGAAUUUAAACGUGUUUUUCACAGCGGCAGGGAAGCACACUGGUGGGAAGGGUGUUUGAGGCCUGUUUGGAGAAGAACAGAAUGUCCAGGGUAGGCUGCUCCAGGAGCUGACCCCCUCCAUUGGACACUGCCAAUGCCCCAGCACAGAGCUCAUCUCCUCCAUCCUGCCUCUCCUCCCACCCACGCUGAAGGGAGCGCCUGGCCCCGGAAGACAGGGGCACAUGUUGGGGUGCUCCUUGCAAUGCUUGGAGUCAUGGAGGAAGCAAACCCCUCCGCCUUCUCCCUGGCCGGUUUAGAGCAUUAGCCUUCCCCAAGAAGCAUCCCAGCUGUGCUUGUAAACCAUUUAGCAGCAUCCCACAGCAAGCUGUGGAAAGGAGGUUAAUGAAUGAUAUCGCAAAGCCCCGCUUCUAUUAGGCCCAUUGAUUGCCUUUUUCUGGCAGCACCUCCACAGCCCUGGCGCCUCAGUGCCCCGCUUGAAGGCAGGGGGAGAAAGACCUGUGAGGGGUCCUCCGCUCCCCCAGAUCAGGCCCCAGUGGAGGAGCACGGGGGAAAGAGCUCAGGAGGGGGGGAGGAAAGAAACAGGCAGCUGGUGCUCACCCUUGGCGUGAGGCAGUCUGCUGUAACCAUGGUGCUUUCAAACCCUCCUCUGCCGCACAAGCGCAAUGUUAUUUUUACCAGAGUUGUUUCUGGCUGUAAAGGAGGAGGAGAUGGGACUGCUCACCAUCAGUGGGGCGGCAGGAGGGGGAUUCCCAAUUUAU